AUGAUGAACUCUAAUGCAUCACAUGCCAACCACCACAGUUUCGUUUUGACAGGUAUUCCAGGGAUGCCAGACAAAAACCCGUGGAUGGCCUUCCCCCUGGGAUUUCUCUACACCCUAACUCUCCUGGGAAAUGGUACCAUCCUAGCUGUCAUCAAGGUAGAUCAGAGUCUCCAUGAGCCUAUGUACUACUUCCUCUCUAUCUUGGCUCUGACUGAUGUUAGUCUCUCCAUGUCCACCUUGCCCUCCAUGCUCAGCAUCUUCUGGUUUAAUGCCCCUGAGAUUCCCUUUGAUGUAUGCAUCACUCAGAUGUUCUUCAUCCAUGGUUUUGGAGUGGUAGAAUCGGGAGUCUUAGUGUCCAUGGCCUUCGACAGAUUUGUGGCCAUCCGAGACCCACUGCGCUAUGCUUCCACCCUCAGUCAUGGCGUCAUCGGCAAGAUUGGAGUAGCUGUUCUCACCCGAGCAGUUUGCUUGUCUCAUUCAUACUGUCUCCACCAAGAUGCAGUGCGGCUAGCCUGUGCCAGCACCCGCAUCAACAGCCUCUAUGGCCUCAUCAUCGUCAUCUUCACGUUGGGGCUUGAUGCCCUGGUCAUUCUCUUCUCUUACUUGCUCAUCCUGAAGAUUGUGCUGGGCAUUGCUUCCAGAGCCCCAGAAAGGCUCAAAGCCCUCAACACCUGCCUCUCUCACAUCUGUGCUGUGCUCCUCUUCUAUGUUCCUCUCAUUGGUGUCACCAUGAUCCACAGAUUUGGGAAGCAUCUGUCACCAGUAGUGCACACACUCAUGGCCAAUAUCUAUCUGUUACUGCCCCCUGUGCUAAACCCCAUUGUCUAUAGUGUGAAGACCAAACAGAUACGGAGGCGGGUCAUCCAUGUGUUCCAGAGAAGAAAGAACAGAGCCUAG